UUUAAACAAUUUUACGAAUUUUAAUUUAGAAAAGUUCUUAAGAUACUUGAAUUUUUCCAAGACAGAACAAAUUAUCUACUAUUUCGACGACAGGACCUUCUUCGGGAAUUUUUGAAUGGUUUUGAUUCACGUCUACGUUUAUAAACCUAACAAAAGCUGCGUACUGGAAUAUUUCACAUCAGUCGAAGAAUGUACUGAGUGUUUUACAGACCUUAAGCUGAAAAGACUGACCAUCUGGUAUUACUAAGAUAUUUCUAGCACUGGUUCGAAGCAAUAUUAAUUUAUUUUUGAAAUUAGCACUGUCUGCUUCUAGUAUAAAGAUGCUUUUUAAGAUUUUAUUGUAUUUAGCUACGCCCAUUUCUUCAAAAUUAGCGAAUUUUGUGGAAAGCCUUUCAGAUUGUUAUGAUGACUAUUUAAUUAAAAGAACAGAUCCCGCAGUAAUGAACUGGCCAUUAGUGAGCAAUGACGCUUUGAAUUUUUUCCUAAUAUUCUGCUACGUUUCAUUUGUAUUGAGAAUUGGACCAGCGAUUAUGAAAAACCGUGAAGCUUACGAUCUGAGGUGGUUGAUGGUACCUUAUAACGCUGCGCUUGUUAUAAUGAACUUUUAUAUAUUUUGGGAGUAUGCAAAAGUCCGAUGGUCUGGUGAAUCAGAGGACACAUGCACAACGUUAGAAUUUAGUCACAAUCCAAAGACAUACAGAUUAGCUGAGAUUACUUGGUGGUUCUAUUUGACAAAAUACAUUGAGCUAACUGACACAGUUUUCUUUGUUCUGAGGAAAAAAGAACGACAGCUGUCAAAGUUACAUAUAAUCCAUCACAGUACUAUACCAAUUGUUGUUUGGAGUAUGUUGCGGUCGGAACCAGGUGGUUAUAACUCCUUCUUCCCUUUGGCAAAUUCAUUUGUUCAUGUAAUUAUGUACACAUACUAUGGGGUUGCUGCUAUCGGAGACCAUGUAAAAGUUCAUCUCUGGUUUAAGAAGUACAUCACAAUGACGCAAAUGAUACAAUUCGUUCUUGUACUAUAUUAUAUGUUCAGCCGUCCUUUCUACGGUUGCCAGAUAUCCUACAGGUCACUUGGUGUCAAUAGUUUCAUAGCUGCUUUCUUCUUCGUUUUGUUUUGCAACUUCUAUAUUCAUGAAUACUGGCUGAAGCAAGAGUGCAAUUUGGACGAAAAUGUCUGCGAAAAGCGAAAACGCAAGUGAUUUUUAUGUUUCAAAUUAGAGAAAACAAGACUGUAAAAUUUGAAAUAGUUGUGACUGGAUAUACAGUUUUCGAAGACUUAUUAAACAAAUUAUUUUGUGUAUUGUCAACGCAUUUAAUAAAAUCAUAAUAAAUAAUAUUUGUUUCUGAAA